AAACCAUUACUUACCUCGCAAGUACAUGAAUCACAACAUCAAUAUAUAUAUAUAAGGACUUCCCAUUGCUUGUCUUUAAGAAUUUGAUACAAUCACAAGGUAAUUAAUCAAGAAAUUAACAUGGGCAGUGACAGCAGCUGGUCUUUGCUCAACCGCCUUAAGAAGGUAGUAACCAAGGUAAAGCUUCUACUGAGUCUAAAUUAUGCUACUCGAUGGCGCAUGGCCUCGAUGGUUGGUAGUUCUUCGGGCAGGCGACGCCUUAGCUUCAACGAUCGUCCAGGGUUGAGAGCUUGCGCUGAUGGAAUUGAUUUGUUGUCGGACGAUGAUUCUGGUUCUUCUUCUAGUUGUAGAGAGCUUCAUAGGACACAAAGCUAUGCUUCUGAAGAUGAUAUUGAUAAGAGAGCAGAAUUGUUUAUCGCCAAUUUUCAUCGGCAGCUUCGGAUUGAGAGACAGAUUUCUUUGGAGCUCAAGUACUUGAGGGAGGAUAGUUCAACAUCUCUGUCUCCAUGAAAAGUCUCUACUGGUUUAAUUCUUUUAUAACAAGACUGUAUAAUGCAUUGCAUGGAAAGAUUAUUCAUGGGUUCUGGUUUAUACUUUUGAAUGAUUUGGGGGAAUAUCUCUGAGGUUGAUGAUCAGAUGGAGACUCGAUUUUGAUGAUGGAGCCUGCAUUUUUAGGAGAAGGUUUUCCAUUAUUUGGAGAUUUGAAGAUUUCAUUCCAAUUUGCUGCUUUUUUUUUAAAUUUUUUUUUAAUUACUCUGUUGUCAUGUAAAUUAUCUUCUAGGGAAAUUUUUUUUUUUUUUUUUUUGUGAUUUU